UUUUUUGCAUGAAAUUUGCAGUCCUCCUCUAACCUUUUACCAUGAUGGCAGCACUUCAUCUACUCAUCUUCCAUUGCUGUGUUCGACAUCGUAUUUGACCUUUCUACCCUCGCUGGGUCCCACUUCUCUCUCUCCCUCCCUCCCCUUUCUUGCCUUCAACACUACCACUGCAAGUUUCUGCAAUUUCCGAUUCCCCUUUACAUACUUUCUCUCUCUCCCUCUCUCUAUAGAAUUGGAAAACUUGAGCAUGUUUGAGGUUGUUAAUAUCACCAAUGAGGCGUUUUCAAGAUUCUAGAGUACUUUGACCUGAUCCUGCAAUUAGAUCUACUGAUCGCCACCAUAGAAGUGGAUCGACGUUUUAACCGGUAGUUAAAACGAAUGGUGGUUUUAGAAUCCGAAAUCAUGUCUCCCGGUGAAGUUGAAUCCCCAUUGCAGUCCGCCGAUCAAAAUCAGUCUCGAAAUAAUAAUGUCCAAAAUACCCUUGUGCCACAGCUGGGUCGCCAAUCUUCCAUCUAUUCUCUCACUUUAGAUGAGUUUCAACACACUCUUUGCGAAAGUGGAAAGAAUUUUGGUUCAAUGAACAUGGAUGAGUUCCUCAACAGCAUUUGGACAGCUGAAGAAAACCAGGCUCAUGGACAAGCCGCCCAUCCUCCAGCUGCCGCCACUUCCACCACUCCGGCCGCCAUGGCUACUAAUGGUGGCGCAACCAGUAGCGGACAGUUCUUGAUGGGACUCAACACUAGUUCAGCCGAACAGAAUAUGAUGGUUAAGCAACACAGCUUGCCUAGACAAGGCUCCUUAACUCUUCCGGGACCACUCUCCCGUAAAACCGUCGAUGAAGUCUGGUCGGAGAUACAAAAGACACAACAUGAACACCAACAAGAGAGAAAUAACUCCGGCAAUGCUCAAGUUCCCGGGUCAGCCCAGCGUCAGCCUACUUAUGGUGAAAUGACUCUUGAGGAUUUCUUAGUGAAGGCGGGGGUAGUUCGGGAACAGAACCAUUCGAAUGCUCCACCAGUUCAGCAGCAACCGCCGCCACCUUUUGGGUUGUACCCGAACGGAAACAACCGUGUCGUUGGUCCUCCGCCUGGGUCAGCUCACAUGGGAAGACCUGUUACCGCUAUCCCACCAUACUCUCCGCUCAUUAGGGAAGCGCCAGGGUACCCCGGAGGUGGAAAACGAAGCAGCACCUAUCAACCGCAGCCGAUUUCAUGUUACGGAGGUAUGGUUGGAAAUGGAGGUGGUUAUGGGCAGGGAUUAGGGAUGGGGUCUCCGGUGAGCCCAGUGUCUUCCGACGGGAUUACCACCAGUCAGCUCGAUGGCGGGAAUCAGUACGGCAUGGAUAUGGGCGGCAUGAGGGGCGGACGGAAGCGGAUAAUCGAUGGUCCGGUGGAGAAAGUGGUGGAAAGGAGACAAAGAAGGAUGAUAAAAAACCGAGAAUCUGCUGCAAGGUCUCGAGCUAGAAAACAGGCUUACACAGUAGAAUUAGAGGCAGAAUUGAACAUGUUGAAAGAGGAGAAUGCUCAACUUAAACAAGCUCUGGCAGAAUUAGAAAGAAAAAGAACGCAACAGGUUUUUGAAGAAAUGAGAAUGAAAACACUACCAAAAGCUCAAAAGACGAAAGAGAAGUUGAGGGUGUUGAGGAGAAGCUCGAGUUGUCCACCGUGAUUGCAUGCCAAAUGAAUCGCAAGGGAGAUUAGCGCUUUCUUCUUCUUCUUCUUCUUCUUCUUCUUCUUCUUCUUCUUCUUCUUCUUCUUCUUCUUCUUCUUCUCUAUAAGAACUAUAUAUAGUGCGAAAUAAUGAGAUUAUAUUAUAUAUAGGUUGUUUCUUUUUUUUGUUUUUUUAGCAAAACCCAAGGGGUAAAAGCAUGCGGGCUACUAAUUAGGAACGUUUAGCGUUCAAAGGUGCAUUUGUUUGUUGAAUGUAUAGUCGAAUGUCCAGUAAAAGUUCUAGUCGCUCGUGCUCGAAUCUUGUGUGAAUUAUAUAUAGUGAUUAUAUGUUCCCUUUUUGCCA